CGAGCGCGGCUGGACUCCUCGCCGCCGCCGCGAGACUCGGCACCCGCAGCGCUCCGGCUCCUCCUCCUCCCGCGACCGCGCUCCGCAGCGAUGGACGGAGACGGAGACCCAGAGAGCGUGGGCCAGCCGGAGGAGCAGCCGGAGGAGGCGUGUGUGGAGGCCGAGGAGGAGCAGCCYGGGGAGGAAGAGGCAUCAGGCGAGGAGGAGGCGGCGGCGUACCUGGCGGAGCUGCCCGAGCCGCUGCUCCUGCGCGUGCUGGCYGCUCUGCCGGCCGCCGAGCUGGUGCAGGCCUGCCGCCUGGUGUGCCUGCGCUGGAAGGAGCUGGUGGACGGCGCCCCCCUGUGGCUGCUCAAGUGCCAGCAGGAGGGGCUGGUGCCCGAGGGUGGCAGCGACGACGAGCGAGACCACUGGCAGCAGUUCUAYUUUCUGAGCAAGCGGCGGCGCAACCUGCUGCGCAACCCGUGCGGGGAAGAAGACUUGGAGGGCUGGUGCGACGUGGAGCAUGGCGGGGACGGCUGGCGGGUGGAGGAGCUGCCUGGAGACAGUGGGGUGGAAUUCAGCCACGAUGAGAGCGUCAAGAAGUACUUCGYCUCCUCCUUUGAGUGGUGCCGCAAAGCACAAGUCAUUGACCUGCAAGCUGAGGGCUACUGGGAGGAGCUGCUGGACACCACCCAGCCGGCCAUCGUGGUGAAGGACUGGUACUCGGGCCGCACGGACGCKGGCUGCUUGUACGAGCUCACGGUGAGGCUGCUGUCGGAGCACGAGGACGUGCUGGCGGAGUUCAACAGCGGCCAGGUGGCGGUUCCCCCGGACAGUGAGGACGGCUGGAUGGAGAUCUCCCACACCUUCACCGACUACGGACCAGGAGUCCGCUACGUCCGCUUCGAACACGGGGGACAGGACUCCGUCUAUUGGAAGGGCUGGUUCGGGGCGCGAGUGACCAACAGCAGCGUGUGGGUGGAGCCCUGAGAGCCCCCUGCUGCUCCCAAGCCGCCCUGCCCCGYGGAGCGGAGGCCGGGGUGGACAAGCCUUAACUUAGUCGCCAGCACCUCGCCCAGCCGUGCCCACCUCGCCCCGCCGUGCGCGCCCCUCCGCUCUCCCAGCCCCACGCGGCACCUUCGCUGGCUCACAUUCGCUUCUGUCGGCGGCGGCUAGUCGUCGCCGGCCGCUUCUAGGGUGUAA